GAUUAGGUGAUAAAUCCGAUAUAUAUAAGCCCUUUUUGCAUGGUUUCUGGCCAAUUGAAAUAAUUGCCACCAAACUUAAAUGAGCAGACAAAAAAAGUUAAUUGACGUGCACACGCUGGGAAUAGACUAUAAUACCACAUAGUUAUAAACAUAUAUCAAUUGCUGCUUUUUUUCGAUCGUUCGGUGGGUUCUAUAAAUUGAGGGCACAUUUCUGUUGGAGAAUCAGUUUCAUUUUGAGCCGCCAAACCGAAAAUGCUUUCGAAAUCGCAACUAUUAUUGAUCGUUGUCGGCAUCUGCUUGAAUGCAGCCGCUUCGGCUGACGUGGACUGCAGCAAGCGUCCCCCGUUUGUGAAUCCCAAAACCUGCUGCCCCAUGCCGGAUUUUGUCACCGCCGAGUUAAAGCAGAAGUGUUCAAAGUUUGACAUGACCCCACCGCCACCUUCAGAUGGAGAGGCCACUGGAUCCUUUGAGAGCACGCGCCGCCAUCAUCAUCCUCAUCCACCACCUUGCUUCUUCUCCUGCAUCUUCAACGAAACUGGCAUCUAUCAGAACCAAAAAUUGGAUCAGGAUAAGCUGAAGAGCUAUCUGCAGGUGGUGUUCAAGGACAGUUCCGACCUGCAGACCGCUGCCACACAGGCCUUCACCACAUGUGCCACCAAGAUUAUAGAGUUCGAGGCCAAUUUACCAGCACGUCCCUCUCCGCCACCUGGAUUGCCACUGUGUCCUCAUGAUGCCGGCCACCUAAUGGGCUGUGUGUUCCGAAAUCUGAUGAAGAAUUGCCCAGACUCGGUGAGAAAUGAUUCCCAAGAGUGCACCGAUAUGAAGGAGUUCUUCACCAAGUGCAAGCCCCCACGUGGUCCUCCUCCUCCUUUUGGUGAUGAUAAGUAAAGAAAACCAAAGAAAACCUCAACAUCUGAAAGUCCGCAAUGAAUAUACCUCCCCCAAGCAGAACAUUCAAUAUUUUUUCAUUUCUAGCCAAUAAAUACUUAAAGCUCAA